AUGCUGGGUUACUUAUACCAUCACCGACAUGAGGCCUUCGAGGCGGUGGUGAAGGGCAAGAGGCAGACUAGACGUCUUCUAUUCUCCCUCCAGGGCGAACACAUUAACCUGUAUCUGCGUGGCGGAAUAAUCUUGUUCGGAAUCAUGUCGAUCAUCUACACCAUCUCCAAGGCGUAUGAAUGUCGCGGAUCUAAGGACUUCUUUAACGGGCACAUCAUCCUACCGAUCUUCUAUAUCGCCUUCUUCAUUUCCGAAGUUGCUUUCGUACUGUUUAUGCACAAGGGCCCAGCCCAAGCUUGCGACCAUUUCAGUGCUCAAAAGUGGAACUCGAGCUUGCGUUCUUUUGACUUCAGUGCCCUCGAGAACAAUCAGACACCCGUGGUUGGCCUUCAUCGACCUAGCAUUGUUGUAUGGCAUCGUUACUUCCACCUUUAG